CAGGGGGGCAGUAGUGUUUAUCUGAAAUGCCACCGGGGCAGUGUGAUGACUGUAAACAGACGCUCGUUCUGCGCUCGAGUCGCUUUGUCACAAUGUUUUCCGUGCGUCAGUUUAUGAGGGAAAUGGAGGGUCAGAUGAAGGCGUUUCAAUCAAAGGACCUCACUGGAACCGGUUUCAUACACUGAUACCGAGAUCUUUAACCCUUCAGAGACAAAAAAACGUGUACUCUGCAUAAAUUGAAGUUGUCCCAGAAGGAAAAGAUCCGUCAGUUUAUGUCCUUCACGCGGGCCGCAGAGAGAACCGCCCUCUACUGCCUGACCCACAAUGACUGGAGACUAGAGACGGCCACCGAUAACUACUUCCAGAACCCAGAUAUCUACCGAAGAGACUCCAUGAAAACAGCAGUGGAUCGCAAGAAGCUGGAUCAGCUGUACAACCGCUAUAAAGAUCCACAUGAUGAGAAUAAGAUCGGCAUCGACGGGGUCCAGCAGUUCUGUGACGACCUCAUGCUGGAUCCGUCCAGUGUCAGCAUCCUGAUUGUGGCGUGGAAAUUUAGAGCGGCGACGCAGUGCGAGUUCAGCCGCAAAGAGUUCCUGGACGGCAUGUCAGAGCUGGGGCUCUUCCUGACAGUCUGCGUUAAACUUCAGUCUUCACUGAAUGAGCGUAACUGAUGAUAAUAAC